CCAGGACCCACCUCAGGUUUGUCUUAACAUCCAUCACUGGUGGUCCCGACGGUGAGAGAAGUGCACAACUCAUUAAAAGGAGACACUGCACAGGAGAUGGAGAGGUUGGAAAGAAAGGAGCCUACCGCCCCCGACUCGACGAGUAGAAGUCAAUGGUGGGGCCUUACGCUGAUUUACAUCUUUUUAAGUUUAGCUCUUGGACAUUUUCUUUUGAGUUGUUUUGAGAAGGUCUGUCCUUGGCCGCAGUCGCCACAGUCCCUCCGCCACAGGGGUUCUGUUGAACACGGUCGCCACCCAGGCCGUCCUGGUCUCCAAGAUUACCGAGUUGGCCUGCUCCAUCAGCCGCGGAAACGCCAACGGACAGAUGGCUGCAAAUUGGGACUUGAUGAACGCCAGUCGAGCUCAGCUGACUCAGAACUACUUCAUCAUCUUGCAGGGCACCCAGGGAAAUGACACCUCGGUACCCAAGGCCACCAAUGUGUGCUUGGUUCAACAGCUGAAGGCAGCAAUGGAUCAGUACGAACAGUUGGACCGAGAAGCCUUGCGCGUGGCGUUUGGUGAUACUGAGCGUUUGGUGCAGCUGGUGACCAUGGCUCCCCCCACGGUGGAUGCCUUUGAAGAGAUCUCCUUGAACUUGAACCCUGUGUGCACCAACUCUUCGCUCCCCGACGAUGACUGGAAGGCCAUGCACGCCGAGGUGGCCGAAUUGGCCGUUCUCAGUCAACACCUUGCAGCGGAGUUCAUUCUGGUGCGACAGGGCCAGAGCUUCAAUGAGAAGAAGCUGGAUUCCUUGUUGGUGGAUUUGGAGACCUCGGUGCGACGCAUCAUGUUCGGCUCCUCACAGCCCGUCCUGGCAGCGCCCCCCAAGCAGACCUACUUUGACUACAUGCUCACCACGCUUGAGCCCGCAGCCACGACCCUUCGAACUGCAUGCCUCACUGGUACGGUGGAGACCGUCCUGACGUCCUCGGAUGCGUUGUUCUCGGCCGCCCGUACCUUGCAGGAGCAGUAUUUGAAUGAAGUCUCAGAUCCCAGGUGGCCAAAGGAGCGAGUGGACUUGGCGGUCUCGCAAGUCGCGGUGGCAUAUCAAGUCUUCAAGGAUGCCUUGCUGGCAGUGCUGGACAUGGCAGAGCACGACCGAUCUUCAUGGAAUCGCUUUGAGGAGCAACAAAAGAGGCUUUCUGACCUUACCCUUGUCGAGCGACAGGACAUCAUCGCCAAAUGGGAGGCCGCAGACAGUGCUUGGCAAGUUCUGCAGGGCACCCUGUUGACCCCGGAAAUCUCCCGCACCGAGAAGGCGUUGAACGACUUGCUGGUGCAAUUGCGUGAUGCCAUCCCUCUCUACGGCAUCGAAGAUGUUCAGGAAGCGGAGAAGUUCCCUUGGGCGAUUUGCAUCUACAGCCUCAUCGGCACCUGCAUCCUUUGCUGUUGCUGUGCCUUUGUACUUUGGCCAUGCCUUCGAACCAAGAGUGUCGGCAAGAAGGACGAGUUGAAGCAUGCGGAUGAGCCACCAGCAGCUGCAGAAGAGAUUUAAACGGUCGGUCUGUGACCGAUGCGACCCAAGUCCUGGAAGGCGCAGAAUGCAAACUUUUGGG